GAUCUUUCAAUCUCACAAAGUUAAUCAGAAAUAGAAACUACAAAGAUAGAUAGUUGUAAUACCCCAAAAAUUGGUGAUAUUUUAGCAUUAAAUAAGGGACUUAUUUGAGGGAAAAUAUUGUUUUGGGGGUUUGAAUCCUUCGGUUUUUCUGCCGCGAGUUCCCUUGCAGAAUUUCUUCUUCUCUGCCGCCGGCUUCUCCCCCCUGCUAGGCUCGGUUUUUGGCUGCUCAAUUCUGGAAUUUUGUUAAUUGGGUUGUUGUGAUUUUGGAGAAAAAUCCUGUGAAUUAGCUAGUGUUUUUGCCAAUUUUGGAAGUGAAGUACUGUUCACGAUACUGUUCACUGGUUCCCAAUCGUUCUGUCAGUUAGCACUGAGAUUGAGUGCUCGGUUUUAUGCGAGUGAGGUAAGUAAAUUAUGCAUGAUUGAAAUGAAAAUGAGGAUUUUAUUGAUUUUCUGGAAAUGAGCAUGAUUGAGAAAUGAAAAUGACAAUUUCAUUGUUUUUCUGGAAUAGAGCAUGCCUAUUUGGCAAUUGACUAAACUGCUUUGAUGAACUGAGAAUUUUGUAAAUGUUGAGUUUUCUGUUAAAUCCAUGCCUGCAUGGAACUUUUCCGAUUUGUUCUGAAAUUCGGGAUUGAUUAUGAAAUUCAGAUGAGACUACUGAACUGAGUUUUCUUCUGCAUUAACGGUUUGUCAGGAAACGUUUUGUUAUUGAACUGAAUCUGAUUUUGCAUUGACGGUUUUGUCAUUGAACGUUUUGCUAUUGAAUCGAAUUUGAUUUCCGCAUUAACGGUUUAUCAGUGAAAGUUCUGCUAUGCUUACAUGGUUUAUCUGGCAUGCUUAAAAGUUUUACCCAAGGGCUAUCCAUAUUUACUUACUGAGUUAUCUCAUAGUUUUCCUUGCCCACCAUUUCAGGAAGCGAAACCGAGGACGGGGAAAACCAAGGGGAGUGACGAGUUAGAAGGCUAGCCAUCUUGUAAAGUGAAUAUAGAUUUGAGAUGUAGAUCGUAAUCUUAAGAGUUAGAGUGUAUGUGGAGAUUUUUGAUAUCAGAGCAGACUGUAAAGAUUUUAUCUUGAGAUUUUGUGGUAUCAGAUUGUGAUUUGAAUAAGUUCCGAGCCUUGUGCACUUGUGGGACCCGUCUCACGAGUGUACGGCAUCUGCCACGUCCCCGGAUUUGGGUUCUGGGGCGUGACAAUAGUAAUGUGCA